GGACUGGGUGGAGCUCUUUCUCGCGUGGGCACAAAAUAUUACAUGAAGAAUGUGCAAAAGGUAUAUGGGAGUGAUCUCCAUGCUCCUGUUAUCAUUCCAUGAAAAGCUGCACCUCGCGUUUGCCGUCUUGUCAUUAACAGGAGGAAGUUCUGGAGUAGCUGUAGCAGAUGUCACCAUAGAUGCCUGUGUGGCACAGAACAGUAUUAAUCAUCCUUCACUUGCAUCUGAUAUGCAAAGUCUGUGUGCCUUAAGUUCCUCCAUUGGGGCACUAGUGGGAUUCUCUAUCAGUGGUAUCUUUAUUCAUCUUAUAGGCCCUAAGGGAGUAGACGGCUUGUUGGCAAUCCCAGCUGGACUUGUAUUUUUAGUUGGAACUCUUCUCAAUGAACCUCAUUCACCCAACUUCGCUUACACACAGGUAGUCAGGCAGAAUUUUAUCGAUGCCAGAAAAUCUAUGUGGACAACAUUGAAAUGCCCUGAUGUGUGGAGACCAUGCUUGUACAUGUUGCAUUGAGCUUGAACAUCCUUGACGGAAUGUUCUACUGGUAUACAGACUCGAAGGAGGUCUAUCUUUCUCUCAGAAGAAUGUGGGAUAUAUAUUCUCUGUAGGUUCAGUUGGGUCUCUUUUUGGGGCAGUACUAUAUCAGCAUGUUCUAAAGGAUCAUCCUUUCCGGAGCUUGCUCUUCUGGACUCAGUUGCUUUAUAGUUUAUCAGGCAUGCUAGAUUUGAUGCUGGUGUUUGUAGAACAAAUAUUUCGGCUUCCAAUCACAA